CACCCAGCACACACAGCACUCCCAGCACACACAGCACUCCCAGCACACACAGCAAAUCCAGCACUCCCAGCACACCCAGCACACACAGCACUCCCAGCACACACAGCACAUCCAGCACUCCCAGCACUCCCAGCACACCCAGCACUCCCAGCACACACAGCACAUCCAGCACUCCCAGCACACCCAGCACUCCCAGCACACACAGCACAUCCAGCACUCCCAGCACACCCAGCACUCCCAGCACACCCAGCACUCCCAGCACGCACAGUAAACCCCAAACGCCUUUUUGUUUUUAACACCUGCUAAACACUUAAUUCACAAGCAACACUCACUUAGCAGCUCCCACACUCGCUGUGCAGUCUGUAACUUAUUUAGAUUCAAAAACCCAACAUCUUCUGAAAAAGUACAAUUUUUUUUUAGUGUUCAAGUCCAAUUUGUUCUGGAAAAAACGAUAUAUAAUUUGCCUUAUUUUAUGUGGGCUUUUUUGUCAAAAAACCUAAGCAACUGUAAUGAGUGCAAAAUGUCUAACAAUUGCUUGGCAGUGAAAAGAUGCGACCCCCAAAAUAAUGAAACUGGUAAAUGGAGCCAACCGGUGUGCUGGCCGGGUGGAAAUUCUUUAUAUGGGAUCCUGGAGAACUGUGUGUGACGACUCAUGGGAUAUGGCUGAUGGAGAGGUUGUAUGCAGGCAGAUGGGCUGUGGAAAUGCAGUUUUUAUUCAUGGAAAUGCCCACUUUGGACAAGGCAGUGGGCCAAUUCUGCUGGAUAAUGUGAACUGCAAAGGCAGUGAGUCCUUCCUGUGGGACUGUCCUAACGCCGGGCUGGGAACACACAACUGCCAACACUCAGAGGAUGCUGGAGUCACCUGCUCAGAUAUAUUCCCCAAAACAAUUAAACUGGUAAAUGGAGCCAACAGCUGUGCUGGCCGGGUGGAAAUUCUUUAUAUGGGAUCCUGGGCAACCGUGUGUGACGACUCAUGGGAUAUGGCUGAUGGAGAGGUUGUAUGCAGGCAGAUGGGCUGUGGAAAUGCAGUUUCUAUUCAUGGAAGUGCCCACUUUGGGCAAGGCAGUGGACAGAUUCUGCUGGAUGAUGUGAACUGCAAAGGCAGUGAGUCCUUCCUGUGGGACUGUCCUAACGCCGGGCUGGAGAAACAUAAUUGCAACCACGGAGAGGAUGCAGGAGUCACCUGCUCAGGGACUUCAAAAACAGUUAAACUGGUAAAUGGAACCAACAGCUGUGCUGGCCGAGUGGAAAUGUUCUAUAUGGGAUCGUGGGCAACUGUGUGUGACGACUCAUGGGAUAUGGCUGAUGGAGAGGUUGUAUGCAGGCAGAUGGGCUGUGGAAAUGCAGUUUCUAUUCAUGGAAAUGCCCACUUUGGACAAGGCAGUGGACAGAUUCUGCUGGAUAAUGUGAACUGCAAAGGCAGUGAGUCCUUCCUGUGGGACUGUCCUAACGCUGGGCUGGAGAAACAUAAUUGCAACCACGGAGAGGAUGCUGGAGUCACCUGCUCAGGGACUUCAAAAACAAUGAAACUGGUAAAUGGAACCAACAGCUGUGCUGGCCGGGUGGAAAUUCUUUAUAUGCGAUCCUGGGCAACCGUGUGUGACGACUCAUGGGGUAUGGCUGAUGCAGAGGUUGUAUGCAGGCAGAUGGGCUGUGGCAAAGCAGUUUCUAUUCAUGGAAAUGCCCACUUUGGACAAGGCAGUGGGUCAAUUCUGCUGGAUGAAGUGAAAUGCAAAGGCAGUGAGUCCUUCCUGUGGGACUGUCCUAACGCAGGGCUGGAAAAACACAACUGCAAACAUCCAGAGGAUGCUGGAGUCACCUGCUCAGAUGCAAUCCCCAAAACAAUUAAACUGGUAAAUGGAACCAACAGCUGUGCUGGCCGGGUGGAAAUUCUUUAUAUGGGGUCCUGGGCAACCGUGUGUGACAACUCAUGGGAUAUGGCUGAUGGAGAGGUUGUUUGCAGGCAGACGGGCUGUGGAAAUGCAGUUUCUAUUCAUGGAAAUGCCCACUUUGGACAAGGCAGUGGGUCAAUUCUGCUGGAUAAUGUGAAAUGCAAAGGCAAUGAGUCCUUCCUGUGGGACUGUCCUAACGCAGGGCUGGAGAAACAUAACUGCCAACACUCAGAGGAUGCUGGAGUCACCUGCUCAGAUGCAAUCCCCCAAAAAAUGAAACUGGUAAAUGGAACCAACAGCUGUGCUGGCCGGGUGGAAAUUCAUUAUAUGGGAUCCUGGAGAACCGUGUGUGACAACUCAUGGGAUAUGGCUGAUGGAGAGGUUGUAUGCAGGCAGAUGGGCUGUGGAAAUGCAGUUUCUAUUCAUGGAAAUGCCAGCUUUGGACAAGGCAAUGGGCCAAUUCUGCUGAAUGAAGUGAAAUGCAGAGGCAAUGAGCCCUUCCUGUGGGACUGUCCUAACGCCGGGCUGGGAAGACACAACUGCCAACACUCAGAGGAUGCUGGAGUCACCUGCUCAGAUGGGAUCCCAAAAGCAAUUAAACUGGUAAAUGGAACCAACAGGUGUGCUGGCCGGGUGGAAAUUCUUUAUGCGGGAUCGUGGGCAACUGUGUGUGACAACUCAUGGGAUAUGGCUGAUGCAGAGGUUGUUUGCAGGCAGACGGGCUGUGGGAAUGCAGUUUCUAUUCAUGGAAAUGCCCACUUUGGACAAGGCAAUGGGUCAAUUCUGCUGGAUGAAGUAAAAUGCAAAGGCAAUGAGUCCUUCCUGUGGGACUGUCCUAACGCAGGACUGGAAAGACACAACUGCCAACACUCAGAGGAUGCUGGAGUCACCUGCUCAGAUGGGAUCCCAAAAACAAUUAAACUGGUAAAUGGAACCAACAGCAGCUGUGCUGGCCGGGUGGAAAUUCUUUAUAUGGGAUCCUGGGCAACCGUGUGUGACGACACAUGGGAUAAGGCUGAUGCAGAGGUUGUAUGCAGGCAGAUGGGCUGUGGAAAUGCAGUUUCUAUUCAUGGAAAUGCCCACUUUGGACAAGGCAAUGGGCCAAUUCUGUUGGAUGAAGUGGAAUGUAAAGGCAAUGAGUCUUUCCUGUGGGACUGUCCUAAUGCAGGGCUGGGAAACCAUGAUUGCGACCACUCAGAGGAUGCUGGAGUCACCUGCUCAGGUGUUGCAGGCAAGGGGUGAAUCAGACUGUGAUUACAAUAAGCACUGCUCCAAGAGCCAGGAGUGGGUGAACCAGUGGUACAUUUGGUUGGUUGUCACUGCAGGGCUUCUUCUUCUGAUAUGCGGCAUAACCUGUGCCUGCCUGCGCUGCUGCUACCUGAGACAACAACGCUUCCCAGAGGGAGGAGGGGAGCGGCCAUGUGAGGUGACAGUGAUAGCCAUUGACCACGACAGCACCAUACAAAGCACUAUUACUUCUUUACAGUCAGUGUUCAGCCCGGCCGCCCGCAGGAUCUUUGCUGUUUCUCACUCUCAUGGAGCACCUACUUCUUUUGCCCCUGCUGGGCCUGAAACCCCACCUUGCUAUGAGGAAGCUGUCCGAAUGAGUCGUUUUACUGUCGCCCGCAGCACCCACAAGUCUCCCAAACUUGCACCCGUACCCGAAGAAAGAAAUGAGCUUCCUUUACCUUGAGGAAUAAAAAGAUUCCCAUCUGGAGUGGAGAUAGAGAGCAGCCCAUGGAACCACCAUGUUACAGAUUAGUCUGAAGAACUUGUCAGGCAGAGAAAGAACCUGUGUUUAAGAAUGGCAAAAUAAAACAGUGCAAAAUCCUUAAA